AUGCCCGAUGCAGACAGAAGAGAUGUGCAGGGGAAGGGAUUUUUGAACCACAUGGCUGACCAGGAGCAAAGUCCCCUAGCUGGGAGAAGCAACCACGAUGGAAAACUGUCUCAGCCUGAGAAGAAGCUCCGAGAGGCAAUUUGUGUGCUGCUGGUGGAGCUGUGUGAGAGGUUCACGUUCUUUGGCAUCGUGUGCAACAUGAUCCACUUCUGCACCGUCAAACUCGGCUACCGCAACUACCAGGCAGCCAUGGCCAACAUGUGCUUCGUGGGCACCUCCAUGCUCACACCGGUGCUGGUGGGCUGGAUUGCAGAGUGCCUCGUGGGCAGGAUCAAGCUUGUGUGCAUCUGCAUGUUUCUACACUUCCUAGGCACAGCUCUAUUACCUGUCGUGUCAUUCCCCUUUGAAGACAUUUACAUCGACAGGCGACAUGUUCUUCAUACACUACCCAAAAGGGAGCAGAAAAUAGUGUUCUACUUUGCACUACUCACAGCUAGCCUGGGAAUAGGAGGCAUAAGAGCUAUAGUUUGCCCACUAAGUGCAUACAACCUUGAGGACUGUGGACCAAAGGAACUUCUUUCAUUUUUCAACUGGUUUUAUUGGCUGGUUAACUUAAAUUCAGCAGUUGUCUUUGUCAGCAUUUCUUACAUCCAGCAGUCUGUGGCCAGGAACCUUGGUUUUCUGAUCCCAUUUGUGUCUGGGAUUAUGGCUAUCAUCACGAUUCACAUGAUGAGGGGUGAAAUGAUUUACAAACCCAAAGCAGAGAGUUCCCUGCUGACGACUUUUGGGGUGAUUGGCAGUGCCCUGAAAACGCGCUGCGUGCGGCAUCGCUACCUCAGCGCGGGAGUGACAAACUGGCUGGAUCAUGCCAAGGAAAACCAUGGUGGCCAGUACAGUGAGAUUCAGGUGGAAAGCACCAAGUCCCUCACCAGACUCUUCCCACUGUUUACUUUCCAGAUUCUGUACAGAACGUGCGUUAUGCAGAUUCCUUCAGGAUAUUAUCUCCAAACCAUGAAUUCCAACUUGCACUUCAGUGGAUUUGUCUUCCCAAUUGCAGCAAUGAAUGUGAUAAGCAUUGUGCCCCUACUGAUUCUUGUUCCUGUAUUGGAAUGCAUUAACUCCUCGUGUCUCUUUAGUUCCAAGGACACUGGACAUUCUCCAACACUUUACAUUGUUGUAGGUCACUUAUCCGCUGCACUCUCCGUGAUGGUCGCUGGCUUCUCUGAAAUACACCGAAAGCAUUUCCCUCAGGUGGAGCAGAAGCUUUCCGAGGAGGUUCUCCUGGUCUCCUCCAUGCCUUGCUUCCACUUAGCUCCUCAAUACAUCCUCCUUGGAGUGGCUGAAGCCUUGGUAACUCCCUCCUGUGCCUUACUUUCAUUCCGGCUCGUGCCUGAAAGAAUCAGAGGGAUUUCCAUGCACUUUUUAGCUCUCUUUAAUGGAGCUGGCUGCUUUAUGGGAGCUUUCUUUGUUCAGACAGCCCACGCAGGCACUCAAGGCAACUGGUUUCCACACUUGCUGCAUGAAGGUAAAUUGGAGAGAUUCUUCUUCUUCUUGGCUUCCUUAAUGAUGGUGAACACCCUGGGGUUCUGGACCAUUGCACACAGAUACAACAAACUGCAUGAGGAUUACACCAGUGAAUUCAGAGGAAGUCUUUCCGGAGAAAAACUUUUGAAGCAUGGAAAAGCCAUCAAGCGUUAUGAUACUGUCCUGGAAAGAUCUCCCAUUUUGUCCCCUAUGAAAAAAAUCUGAUAAAAUUUCACCCUUGUUUGACUAAAUUUUGAUUGUGUUAUCCACCAACUUUCUGAUGAUAAAUUACCUAGCAUACUUAAGCGGAACCACCAAUGUAUUUGUGAAUUAUCUGAUGAAUAACAAUGUUAUUUAUAAGUUUACAAAAUAGCAUUUGUCAUGAGAUUUUGCCUUGUAGGAGGCUGAACUGUCAUAAUUCACACUGAGGAGAAGGAGAGCUCACUGCUUGGCAUGGUUAAUGGGGAGAGGCUUUUAAUGUCUAUAUGGAGAUAGGUAUCCACAUAUAUUUGUACUUAGGAAUGGUUCAAAAUUA